GGCAACCACCGUACCUGAGCGUAAAACCAACGGCCUGAGUACCAAGGAGAUGCGCAACGCAAGGGUCGAUCCAGUUCAGAGCUAGCUCCUACACCAAGGCCAAGUGGACGAUCGAUAAAGCGACAUGUGGUGGCCGUCGUCGCUGCUGUACCCGCCGCCGGCGUCGGCCUUCGUGACGGCCAUGUCGGUGGUGUCGUUCGCGUCGCUGGCGUCCGCGGGCCUCUCGGAGCUCCGCGGCCAGCACAUGGCCUACUCCAAGUUCUGGCACGUCGUGUCUGGACAGCAGCAGAAGAAGGGAGGCACCGGUGGCGCGCAGCUUCCGGGCCGUGACGGGAUGCUGGUGGCCUACGCGCCGGCUCUAGUCGCCGCCGCCGCGUCCUUCGUCGUCCCGGGUGCCGUGGAAGGGCUGCGCGCGGAGCUCCUCGCCGCCGCGCUCGCCGUCCACUUCCUCAAGCGUGUCCUCGAGGUACUCUUCAUCCACCGGUACAGUGGAAACAUGCCACUCAACACCGCGCUCACCAUCUCCUCCAGCUACCUGCUCAGCGCCAUCACCAUGAUCUACGCGCAGCACCUCGCCGUCGAACUACCUGACCCUUCAACCAACCUCCUCUACCCAGGUGUGCUCCUCUUUGCCGUUGGCAUCGCCGGCAACUUCUACCACCACUACCUCCUCUCGCAACUCAGGAAGGGAGGUGACGAUGAUAAAGGGUACAAGAUCCCCAAAGGAGGGCUCUUCGAGUUCGUCACCUGCCCGCACUACCUCUUCGAGAUCACCGGAUUCUUCGGGUUCGCGAUGAUCUCGCAGACGGUUUAUGCGCUCGCCAUGGCCUCCGGCACGGCAGCCUACCUCGUCGGCCGAAGCUUCGCCACCCGGAGAUGGUACGAAUCCAAGUUCGAGGAGUUCCCAGCGAGCAUCAAGGCUCUGGUGCCCUAUAUCUUGUAGUGAGCCAACUAAUUGGUUGACAGCCGGAUUGUCUAUUUACAAGCAGUCUCAUGUUUAUCUAACCUCGGCGACCAUUCUAAGCCUUUGUGUCUGUCGACAUCUGAA